AUUGCGAGCAAAAGUCUUGUCUAUAUCUUGAGAAUUGAACCUUUAGCGUGUAAUGACUUACCUCACGACUGUCUGAAUACGGGUAGGUAGACGGUUUAUGCCCUAAUAUUCAGAUGCGAUAAUGGAGGGAGAAGAUAAAGGGGAGGAAUUGCAGGAAGAUGUAACAGAGCCAGAGAAUUCUACACACAGUGUUGCUGUUCCCUAUCCUCACUAUCGACUGGUGCGCCCCUCGUAUUGGGUAUCUGGGAUUUUGGGCUAUGGUGGAGCUUGGUCUACGUGCUGCGUGACGUGCUUUUGCCCAUGUGUGACCUUCGGCCGGAUCGCGCAUGUUGCAGACAGGGGAGUUUCAAGUCGCUGGCUCUAUGGCACUCUGUAUUGUGUGCUAAGCUUCUUCUGUGUGCAAUGCUUGUAUUCUUUCUUGUAUCGAAAGAAACUUCGGGCGAUGUACAGUCUGCCAGAAUUGCCUUGUAACGACUGCUGUGUUCAUUGCUGCUGCGAAAGAUGUGCUCUCUGUCAGGAAGAGAGAGAAAUCCAAUACCGCGCAGGUUGGGGUGAGCCUGCAAUGUGCCCUCCCCCCGUUCAGCAAAUGGACCCGAAAAGCAAUUGGGGACCAAAUCGACCGGCCAAGCGAUUCAGAAUGAAGACAUUUUUUACAGAAUGGAAGAUUUGUUGGCCUAGGUAGUCGGACUGACAAGCAUCGAAAUGAUCGGCGGGCGAGGCGUCGGUGUCCACGAUGCAUUCAUUACAGACAAUGCUUUUGGCCGACUUAAAAAUGGAGGACGGCAAAUCGGGUCCACCAUUUCUUAGAAAUGCUCUCAACAAAUGAUGUAACAUAUGUACUUAUUUUCAAAAGCUACGUAAUUAAGAUUUAAUACUUGACUGGGUUCUUGACAAUUGUAAAGAAUUGACUGGUGCUCUUCAGUGCCAUUGCUGCUUAUUCUUUGUACUACUUGACAAAGAUCUUUGGGGAAGGAAAUAAAAAUAUAAAUAAAUCUUUGGGGAAUUUGUCAAA